GAUUCUUUGACAGGAAGGAUUUUCCUAUGAUCCAGAAGAAUUACGUGUAGAACAUAUGUAAAGUAUUGUUAAUAGAAGCUAUAGUAUUUCUGAGUAAGGGAAGCAGUGUCAGUAUUUGAUAAUAUUAACAGGAAUACAUGAAAAAUGGCACAAAGUGCUUGUUUAUUAUCACGAAUAGUGGCUUCUUCUGUAACUGCUACAAUACGAGCAGGUAAAAUUAUAAGAGAUGUUAUGACUCAUGGAGGACUAAACAUAGUAGAAAAGAGCAAGAAUGAUUUACAAACUGAAGCUGAUCGUUGUGCUCAAAGGUGUAUUAUUGCUUCAUUAAACCAUCAAUUUCCAAAUAUUACCAUCAUUGGUGAAGAAGAAUCUUCUAAUUGUGAAGUACCAUCUGAUUGGGUUGUAACUGAGGCAGAUCAAGAGGUAUUGAAAUUAAAAUUGCCGGCUCAUCUGGAAGAUAUUGAUCCUAAAGAUGUGUGCAUUUGGGUAGAUCCAUUGGAUGGAACAGCAGAGUAUGUACAGGGUCUUGUAGAACAUGUUACAGUUUUAGUAGGAGUGGCAAUUGGGCACAGAGCAAUUGGAGGUGUAAUUCAUCAACCAUAUUAUAAAAAUGCUGAGAGUAAAAUUCUUGGACGUACUCUUUGGGGUAUAAAUGGGGUAGGAUUUGGUGGAUUUACACCAAUUACUCCACCAGAGGGAAAAAGGAUAAUUGCAGCUACACGUUCACAUUCAAGUAGUAAUGUUGAAGCAGCUAUAAAUGCUUUGCAACCUGAUGAAGUUUUACGAGUUGGUGGUGCAGGGUAUAAGGUAAUACUUCUAAUGGAAGGGAAGGCUCAUGCUUAUGUAUAUGCUAGUAAAGGUUGUAAAAGGUGGGAUACUUGUGCCCCAGAAGCAAUUCUUCAUGCUGUUGGUGGCAUAUUAACUGAUUUUUAUGGAAAGCAUUAUUCUUACCAUUCCGAAACAACAUACUCAAAUGAAAAAGGUAUAUUAGCUACUGCACCUGGUCAAAUUCAUCAGUGGUAUUUGAGUAAUAUACCACAUGAAGUGAAGCAAACAUUAGAACAGCGAUCAAAAUAUUCUGAUGACUAG